GAGAAGAAAGAAGCGAAGCGAACAAAAAAGAACAACCAACGUGACCCCACCCUCUCUUCCCUCUUCCUAUAAAUGCUCACACUCUAACAAAUCAAAUACCUCUCCCACUUGCGAUUGGAAGAAAAAGAGAUCAUCAAACCCUAACACACACUCUCUUUCUCUCUUCGAAUCCGAAUUUUUUUUCCAUCUUCUCCUCGAUCAUUGCGAUUGAGAUUGAGAUUAACCCUAACACACAAACAAAUACACACACACACACACACUCACUCACUCUGUUCCGAUUUCGAUUUUGGUUUCAAUGGCUAUGAGCGGUGCCUCUCCCAAUCAUUCCCCCAAGCCCGGCUUCUCCUCGCCAUGGAGCCAGAUUGUCGCCGCCGCCGCACCUCCCUCCUCCUCCCCGCCGCCGGAAGACUCUGACAACGGCGGCGGAAGCAAUGCCGAUACCGGUAAGAGGGCUGCGUGGAUUAAACCCUCGACUGCCGCUUCUUCUUCCGUCAUGGGCGCCGAUUCCUGGCCGCUGCCGUCGGAGUCCGCUCGCGCUCCGGCUAAAUCGCCGUCUCCCUCGCUGUCGCCGUCUGAAUUGGUGAAGGCUUCCACGGACACGUCCUCCGUGCCACCACCAUUGCAGGGUCCUGGAAGCCUGACUCCCUCACCACAUAGGAAUGUUAGGGAUAAUGCUAACGCGAACAACAACAACAACACUGGGCAGACUCACCCGAAGUCUUUUAAACGCAGCAAUUCGAACACCUAUUCAAAUGGAGGGUAUCAUCCACCACAUAUGUCUGGGCCUCAAGGUCCAAUUGCUCCUGCUGGGUCCCACAACUACAAUUCGGCUCUUAAGGAGCAUCAACCCAGAGCUGGAUUUUUGCCUAAUGAUCACCCACCGCAUCGAAAUUCUUUUAGGCACCGGAAUGGUGGUGGUCCACAUCAGCGUGGAGAUGGUCACCACCAUCAUAAUAACUAUGGGGGAAGGCGUGAUCAGGACCCUGGAAAUCAGGACUGGAAUAAUCACCGGAAUUUUAAUGGUAGAGACAACUUUAUGUCCCCGAGAUUUGGUCCGAGGUUUAUAAGGCCUCCACCGCCUCCUAAUCCUGCUCAAUUGUUUCCACCACCACCUCCACUGCGCCCUUAUGGGGGCUCUAUUGGGUUUACUGAACUACCUCCACAGAUGGUAUAUGUUCCGCCUCCGCCUCUGGAAUCAAUGAGAGGUGUUCCUUUUGUGUCUCCAAUACCUCCUAAUGCAAUGUUUUUCCAACCUCUGGAUAAUCAGUUGCAUACUAAGAUUGUCAACCAGAUUGACUACUAUUUCAGCAAUGAAAAUUUAGUUAAAGAUACAUACUUGCGGCGGAACAUGGAUGACCAGGGCUGGGUUCCUAUAAAUUUAAUAGCAGGCUUCAAGAAAGUCAAGUAUUUGACUGAAAAUAUCCAGAUUGUGUUAGAUGCUGUUCGAACUUCAUCUGUUGUUGAAGUUCAGGGUGACAAAAUAAGGAGAAGAAAUGAUUGGAGGAGAUGGAUCUUGCCUGCUGGUCUGGUUCCUAAUGUUAGAGGUUCUCAAACUGUUGGACAGCUGGCAGAACAAGUCCAAAACAUUGCUCUGGAGACAACUAUCAAUGACAAUGCUGGAAUAUUAGAUGAUUCACAGAAUAGAACUUUUGGGGAUUCGAAUAGUCAAUAUCUCAUUUCCACUAGCGAGGGUACUGCUCAAGUUGGUAUUCAAGUUUCAGACCAUUCUGUUUCUGCAAGAAAUUAGAGCUGCAGAUGUUCUUUAAAACAUUUUUUUGAAGAAUAUUCUUCAGAGGGAAGCAGGAAGCAGGAGGGAUCAUGGUCUCAAGUUUUACAUAUUGCACAGUGGGAUAUGGUUUCUCAUGAGGUAUCUAGGAAAACAUGAUUGAGAAAUGGGAGGAAAAUACCUUUUUAUAAAACAGAAAAAAACACCAAAUGGUAAAAAUGGCCGGCAAAGGGCACAUUUUAUAUAUUCUGUGUUUUGGAGCUAGUAGCAUGACUCUUGUGAUUACUUGUUUAUAUGGGGUGUAAUGUUCCUACUCUGGUGAUGGGAUGGUAACUUGGCUUUAAUGUGGGGAUUCUUUUUGUUUUUAUUCCCCUGAAUUCCCCUAAGCUGCUUUUUAAAAUCUUUGGGGUCAUAUUCCCACCUGGUUUAGGAGCAUUAUGUGAGGUCAAUGAUCAUGGGUGAUGAAUGAGUUUGAUAGCUACUAGUUGAUGACUGUGAGUGAAGGGGAAAGAUGGCUUUCUGCUGAUGGAACUUGUCCCACAACUGCUUUACAGAAUGAUUGUAUGAUGCUAUUUCCCCUCUCAUCAUCUUUGGAGUGGCUAUACUUUGGUUUUUUUGUCCUCCGUUUUACUUUAUUUAAACUCUUACUAGGCAUAAAUUAUCCGUGGGGUUAUUUAAACCAAAAUUAUUAUUUGCCGCUGUAUGUGGUCGGGAUCUUGUCAAUUUGGACCUUUAAAUGACUUUGUCUUAAUUAUUUCAUAGCCCUACGUGUUCUAACAUGUAUUGAUGCAAUUCGUUUA